ACCCACCUCUUCCACUAGGCUGUCUCCGGGAGUCAGGUUUUGUUCUCUUGGGUACCACAACCAAAGGGCAAGAAGAUCGCUCGAGAAAAAAAAGUCGGAACCUCCGCGCCACCCAGCCUCGAUCGUCUUUAAAUUACAUAGACAGACCUGAUUUCAGCACUGCGGGAACUAACAGCUCCAGCACACUGAUCUUUUUUUUUUUUUAUUAUUAAAUAUUUUGUCAACGCCGAAAGACUAACGCUUCUAUGCGCGAACAACGAUAGCCACCGAAAAACCGCCUGUUCAUCAGAGCUGAGCUGUCCAGACAUUCGACAAAUUUAUUUUUAUUUUUCUGACAUACAAAACGUCACAAAGAGUUAAUCUCUUGGACAAUACCGAAAACCGUUAACUUUAAUUUAUUUAAUAAUGGCGUCCAAGAGCAUUGGGUUUUUCAUUUUUGUCCAGAUUAUCAACCUAAGUCUGUAUCAGAUGUCUGCGUUUCCCACACCUGAAUCGGCGGACGAUAAAGCUGUUUACAACAGACGACUGAGUGAAGAGAGACCAUUAGAGGAACAGAUCGCAGAAGCCGACGGCGGGAGCAAAAUAGAAACCAUAGACAACAAACAAGAUUCAGAUCAUACGGAGGCAAGAACAGUCCCAGAUAACGACGAUUUUAUUCUACUCAAGUCGUUAGCUGCUGGGUCAAAGGACCCAAGUAACGAGACAAUCAAUGCCGAGAAACCGAAUACUCAGUACGUCCCUGACGAUUCAGACUCCACCAAGAACAGGAGACUGGCGGAGGAUUACGACUCCACCAAAACAGGCACAGACUACAAGUACCCAGACGACCCGGAGAGUUUCCGCCAAGUGGACGGGACCCCAUUAACGGCGGAGGACAUCGUCCAGAAGAUAGCCACCAAAAUCUAUGAAGAGGACGACAGAGGGGUGUUUGACAGGAUUGUGUCCAAACUCCUAAAACUUGGACUGAUCACGGACAGCCAGGCCGACACCCUGGAGUACGAGGUGGCCGAGGCUCUACAGGAGCUCAUCACCAAAAACGCCAAGAAUGAGGUCGAUGACCUCAGCAUGGACUACCCUCCCUCCAGGGGUGACGAGGGGGUGGAGCAGAACCCUGAUGCCAACAUGAAAGUGGCUGAGAAACAGGAAGUGAAUGAGACGCCCAGUAGGAAGUACAAGGAGGAGCAGGCGGGGAUGGGCAGUGAUGACACAGUGGACAGAUCCUGGGCCACAAACAGCGAGGAUGGCCUGCAGGACCUGCAAUACUUCCCAAACUUCUAUAGUCUCCUCAAAAGCCUUAACACAGAGAAAGACGCAGAAGAAAGAGAGACCCUGAUCACCAUAAUGAAGACCCUGAUUGACUUUGUGAAAAUGAUGGUGAAAUAUGGCACGAUCACACCUGAGGAAGGCGUGGCUUACCUGGAGAACCUGGACACCAUGAUUGCCGUUCAGACAAAGAGCAAACUGGGCAAGACUCUGGAUGUGCCAGAUGUCAAGCUGCCGGCAGGGAAGAUCAGCGAUGAGGUGGACAACACCAAGGAGGCGGCGGCCAAAAUGCAGAAAGAGUACGAGUCUGUGAAGGACUCCACCAAGAGUGCACAGGUGGCCACAGAGACCGGCCAGUCUGGGAAGUCAAACACCUAUCUGGAGGCAAUCAGGAAGAAUAUUGAGUGGUUAAAGAAGCACAACAAAGAUGGCAAGCAAGAGGAGUAUGACCUAUCUAAGCUGAGGGACUUCAUGAACCAGCAGGUGGACUCGUACAUCGAUCGUGGGAUUCUGCCCAAGGACGAGGGUGAGGUCAUCAAGAGGAUCUACGGCAGCCUGUAGGGACCAACCCUACAAACAAAACCCUGCCCGAACAUCGCACAAACCGGCUCUGUAGUCACUCGUGAUGACGUUAUUUAGAAUGAAUCCCUUUUUCUCCACUGUAGUUCACACUUCCCUGCAAUUAUACAGGGUAAUCCACCCACUCUACCAAAAAUAUAGUCCAAACUUUUCAGACGUUUAUCAAGCCCCUCAUCCCCACUCCUGAGUGCAUUUCUCACAUACGUCCAAAUGUCUCACUUAAUUUCACAGUUCAUUGCUUUAUUAAAAACAAUAUUUAAACAACAAUGGUAAUAUAAAAAUAGACACAUUUAACGGUAAUAUUAGUAAUAAACAAGGCAUUUCUCAGAAUGCCUCUUAUGCCCUUAUUCAGCAGUUCUUGAAAGGCUCUCUUGAAAGCAGUGCCCUGUAAUCAGCACCAACUAGUCAGGAAAGCACUUGUGCUUCUGCGAUUUUCAGCCCACCAACACAAUUACAUCCAUUGAACCUACUAGCUCUUGAAAAAGAAAUGACAGCCAUUACAACAACCAAACAUAUCCACACUAAAUGACAGAAAUAGGAUGAAAUCCAUUUUGCUUGGUUAGAGAAUAGAUGACAGAUCGUAGAGCUUUCAGAUAUUGUAGAGUGCAAUAGAUUUUCUUUUUCUCUUUAAAAAUACUACAAAAUGUAACCAUUACAUGUAACCUGUCAUAGACUAAGUCACUAUUUUAGUUUUUGCUUUGUGUGUGUAAUCUGUUGUACUUUUGAUUCUGCCAAAAAGAGAUGACGUUUGUGUUUCUGUUGUCAUUUAACAUGACUGUAUGUUUUGUUUGGUUUCUGUUAGACAUAUUUGAUUAGUGAGAAGACCUCCAAGCUCCUAGAGGGCACUGGUGUCACUCCUCUCUGUACUUGUGACUACUCCUUUUUCCACCCUGCAUGUUCCAGAGCAUUUACAACGUGCAUCCAUAUGUUGUGGAUUUACAGGAGACACAAAGACAAAGUAUUUUUGAGUGUAAAUAUUUGUGAACUUUUUUCAGAAUGUAAAAGCAAUUAAAAACAUUGCCUUUCUUUA